AUGAAUCUUAAACGUCGGGUGUUGUUCGCUCCCACCGGAUCCCCUCCAUCCACCCUAUCAAUACCGCUCCAACAGCAGAUCCAUCAGCAGCCCUAUCAACCAGUCUACGUCAUACCGCUGGGUGCAGCCGCAGCUCCUGUCGAACCAAUCAUCGUGGAACAACCUACUAACACGCGACAAAUUCCACACCCGUCAGUUCCCACCAUAGCUCCUAAACUCGACGCGCCGGUUGUAUCUUCUUCGGGAGCAGUGAGAGGAAAGCGACCACUAGACGAUCGCGAAGUGAGACGAAGGGUCAAAAAACAGAACAUGGAGCGUCGUCGACGUGCAUGCAUUUCCGACAAACUGUCCACCUUACACAGUCUCGCUGUCUCCCUCGUUGGCGAAAAGCCGCAGCAGCGACCUCAUCAAAGGACGGAGAUUACAGAUAUACUAAAUCAAUGUGUGAGUGUGCUUCAGAGCCUGUCAGAGCUUAUAAAGACUGAACCCGAACUGCAAUUGAAGUUACGACGUCUGGAACUCCCCUCAAUAAAGGAGUCAUCAGAAAAGCAGCGACGGAGAAAGCAGAGCUCGACCUCCAUGUCGAGGGAGGCGGUUGUGGAGGAGGAAAAGGAGAACGUAGCAUCUCAUGUCUCGGGGUUUACACCUGUUGGUCGAAACCGAAUGUCGAUCACUUCAACACCGGUGACAGCGCUUUCACCGUUGUCUACGCCUUCUCGUCUGCACUGCGAGUGCCCACCCAUGGCACGGGGUCAGAAGAGGGAAAGCACCGACAGCGGUCUCGACUGUUUCGCCUCUCCCUCGCUUGGGGCUACUGCAGAAUCUAGCCUAAAGUACAUGGCUGGGCCUAGGUCUCGGUCCGAUGCCGUGGACUUGAAGAGUUGGCUAACUCGGUUUCUCCGCGAAAAUCUCGACCAUGGCCACUGCAAGGGGCGAGUCACCAGAAUGGGCUGCUUUGUGGUCGAUAAAGGGCCUGAGUCCUCCUUCUCCGCCUCGCAACACCGUCGCCUCUACCGUCACAAAAUGUAG